AUGUCGCUGGGUUUCAGUCAGUGUUAUACAGACAGUUGUCUCUACAUAAAGACUGAGACCGACGGUAAAACGCUCGUGGGGAUCUACGUAGACGAUGUGCUGGCGACUGGAACGGAUGUAAAUAAGGUCAACGACUUGUUUGUCGACAUGCAAGUCAUUGAGUUGAAGGAUCUCGGCGUGGUAACCAAGUUCCUUGGCAUCGCGUUCAAUUACAGCGCCAAGACCGGAUGGGCACUAGAUCAAGAAAACACCAUCGACGAGAUGCUCGACAAGUUUGGACUUAAAGAUUCGGCGGCGGUCAGAGUGCCGAUAUGUGGAGAGGACAGAGACGAAGAAAUAACCCUGCUACCUUCUGGUAGAAGUGGCUCGCCACAAAGACCGACUGUGCAGACGUUUCAGUCGCUGGUGGGCAGUCUGCUGUGGAUCGCCCGGUGCACACGCCCAGACAUUGCGUUUGCGGUACACCGAGUGACGCGGCGUUUGCACGCGCCAAAUGAAGGCGAUUGGCGUUUGGCAAAGAAGAUAGCCAAGUAUCUGAAGGACACAAAGGGACUCAAGUUCAUAAUGCACGAAAGAAAGGACGCAAUCAAGGACGACGGCGUGCUGGUCGAAGCUUACAGUGACGCCGAUUACGCCGCAGAUAAAACUGACCGGAAGUCAGUCAGCGGCGGUGUGAUGAUGGUGGCCGGAAUGGUGGUGGGAUGGCUGUGCAAGAAGCAGAAGUGUGUCGCCUUAUCAACGAUGGAAGCCGAGUUUCCUGGUUCAAUAUUGCAUGUCGACAAUCAAGCAGCCAUCGCUCAGAUCAAGGGAGAGGACGCGUCUGGUCGAGCAAAGCACAUUGAUGUGCGAUUCAAGUUCGUAAAAGAUUUGGAAACAAAGAAGAUGCUAAAGGUGCAGUACUGCGAAUCCAAGAGUAUGCGUGCGGACAUACUGACCAAGACCCUCCCAGCGCCACGACUUAGCCAGCUUCGCGGACUUGUGAUGCUUUCAGGGUAA